CCCAUGAACAUCCAUUGCGCUCCGAGCCAAUCCAGCGCAACCGUUUGCCAACAAUCAUUCGACUAUAUAAACUGGAAAUUGCCAACGAUUUGUUAUCAGUUCAAAACGUUCUGCAAACAAAACACAACAAACCAAACAAUUCAAAAUGUUCAAAUUCUUCGCUUUGUGCUUGAUGGCUGUUGUUGCCUUGGCUGCUGCUAAACCCGGCGUUGUUGCUCCCUUGGCCUACACCGCUCCCUAUGUAGCUGCUGCCCCAUACACAGCUGCCUACACUGCUGCCUACGCCGCUCCCUACACUGCCGCUUAUACCGCUCCUUACUACUCUGCUGCCUACACCGCUCCUUAUGUUGCUGCUCCCUAUGCUAGCGCCUACACUUAUCCUUAUGCUGCUUCCUACUUCUUGCGUAAAUAGAUCGAUUUUAAGGAUUUGAGGAUUUGAACGGAUAUUGUUUUUGUUUUAUUUGUUGACAUUUUUGGAUAGAAAAAAAAAACGAAAAAAAAAAAAAUAAAAAAUUAUGAUGAACCCUUUCUAAUGAAGCCCAAAAUAAUGGAAAUUUUAUUU